AUGUCUACCGAGGGAAAGACUAUUACAUGUAAAGCUGCUGUUGCAUGGGCGCCAAAAACUGAUUUAGCCAUCGAAACCAUUGAAGUUGCACCUCCAAAGGCACAUGAGGUCAGAGUCAAGGUGGACUAUACUGGUGUCUGUCACACUGAUGCGUACACCUUAUCUGGCCAAGAUUCCGAAGGUGUAUUCCCGGUCAUUUUCGGUCACGAAGGUGCAGGUAUUGUCGAGUCUGUUGGUGAAGGUGUUACAAAUGUCAAGCCAGGCGAUCACGUUGUUUUGUUAUACACCCCAGAAUGUCGUGAAUGUAAGUUCUGUAAAUCUGGAAAGACUAACCUAUGUGGUAAGAUCAGAGCAACUCAAGGUAAAGGAUUGAUGCCAGAUGGCACCACCAGAUUCAAAUGCAAGGGCAAGGAACUUUUCCAUUAUAUGGGAUGUUCUUCCUUUGCACAGUAUACCGUUGUUGCAGAUAUUUCCGUUGUUGCGGUUGAUUCAAAGGCACCGAUGGACAGAACCUGUUUGUUGGGAUGUGGUAUCACCACCGGUUAUGGUGCAGCUACAAAGACCGCAGAUAUCCAAGAAGGUGACACUGUUGCUGUUUUCGGUAUUGGAUGUAUUGGCUUAUCUGUAAUCCAGGGUGCAGCUGAAAGAAAAGCAUCCAAGAUCAUUGCUAUUGAUAUCAACGACAAGAAGAAAGAGUGGGCAUUUAAGUUUGGUGCAACAGACUUUAUCAACUCCAUGACCGAUUUGAAGGAAGGUGAGACAAUUGUCUCCAAAUUGAUUGACAUGACCGAUGGUGGUUUAGAUUACACCUUUGAUUGUACCGGUAACGUCAAUGUUAUGAGAAAUGCGUUAGAAGCAUGCCAUAAGGGUUGGGGUACAUCUAUUGUUAUUGGUGUCGCAGCAGCAGGUAAGGAAAUCUCCACCAGACCAUUCCAGUUAGUCACAGGUAGAAACUGGAGAGGAUGCGCCUUUGGUGGUGUCAAAGGUAGAACUGAAAUGCCUGCCUUGGUUCAAAAGUACGUCGAUGGUAAGUUGAAGGUUGACGAGUUCAUUACUCACAGACAUCCACUAGAUAAGAUUAACCAAGCCUUCCACGAUAUGCACGAUGGUGACUGUAUCAGAGCCGUCAUUAACAUGGAUUAA